CAUCGAUUGUAAGACGAAGUUUCGUCAAAGCUCGAAAUUCUCUGGCGCUGUGAAGUCGCAGAAGCUCGAGAAAAUUCGAAACAACUGAAAAAAUUAUUCUGCGAGUGGAAGCCUCGGAUUUCGAAAAAGUUUUCGCGUCAUAUUGAAACUUCAAUACUGUCAAGUAGUGUCGGUUCAACUGAGUACACUUCCGUUCGCAUCGACCCGUCGGUCACUCGUUGCACUAGGACCAAUAAACGAUCAGAUAAAAACUGUCGUCCCUGAUAAUGUCUCCGACGUUUCCUCCAGGGAGAGACGCAAACGUCAAAGUCGACUGCAUCGAGACUCGCGGCUGCUGCAAGGGAACCAACGCCAAGGACGCGCUAUGGUCGACUAUUACAGAAUCCUCGAAAUCAGCCGUGUCGCGACACCGGUUGAAAUAAAAAAAGCAUACAGGAAGCUCGCUCUGAAAUGGCAUCCCGACAAGAAUCCGGACAACCUCGACGAGUCCACCAGAAGAUUUAAAGAAAUUUCCGAGGCGUACGAGGUUCUCGUGGAUGAAAAGAAACGUCGCGUUUACGAUCAGUAUGGAAAAGAAGGCCUUCAGAUUCCUGGAAGCAAACGCAGACACGAGUCUGAUAUCGAUCCACAAAUGCGACAGUGGUUCGUUUUCCGAGAUCCCGAAGAUGUCUUUAGAGAAUUUUUCGGCACAUCGCCAUUCAACGAUUUGUUUGAUGUGCUGAACGGAGGCUCGCACCACGGUCAUCCAAGACACUCUCAGAGCAUCAGCCUUUUCGGAGGCCUCGAUCUCACGUCGCCCUUUGGUUCGCUUUUCGGAGGCCCCAUGGGCAUGGGCGGUAUGGGUAUGGGGGGUAUGGGCAUGUGUGGCAUGGAGCUGGGCAUGAACAUGGGAGGUGCUGAAGUUUUCACCAGUUUCGGAAGUAUGAAUUCCGGCGGUCCUAACAUCAAGAAGACGAGCACGUCCACGAGAUUCGUCAAUGGCAAGAAAAUAACCACGCAAACGAUCUGCGAAAAUAACAAGGAAACCGUAAUGUUUUACGAAAAUGACGUCCUCAAAUCCAAGACGGUCAACGGCGUACCGCAGUCUCUAACGUUGAACGAAGCAUCGACCAGUCGUCAGGUGAAUCACGAAAGAAUCAACGAUCCCGGAACAAUGGGUAGCCACGGUCCGAAAAUGCCGCACACCGAUCACCUUAACAGGAUAAAGUCAAAUCAUCAUCAUCAUCACCACCACCACCACCAUCAUCCACACACGAGUACCAAGCACGAGAAAACAAAGCGAAAGUAAUAUCCCCCCCGCGCGUUUUCAACGGCACACGAGACCGACACUCGGCUGGCAAGCAUCCAAUUUUUUUCUUUUCGUUUGUUUCAUUUUUUAUUUUCCUUGAACGUUUUUUUUCUUCGAUUGUUCGGGGCGUUUUUGGGAGAAGGCAAAAUAGAGUGUGCCUCUAAUGCACGAAAGAGUGCGACUAGCAGACCGACGAUGUCAAAAAACAGACUAAUAUUUUCGCAACUUAUUUAUCUGUGGCGGAUUUUGAGAAAUAAAACAUUCUAAAAUUCACUUUAUUCAUCUUCGUGGAAACGAGAAAGAACAGGCAAUCUUAUGCGUGUUUUUUUUACUCUUAUUUUCAUUUAGAUCCAACAUUUACACACACUGCCUCGUAUCUCGUGGAGACACAAACGCCGGUACGUGUGUGUGUGUGUGUGUGUAGGGCCCUUUCUUUUUUUUCCCUUAAGUCGAUCGUUCGUAAUAUAUCAACAUAUAUUUAUAUCCGAUCCUAAUCGAGAGGAAAGAGGAAGUGAGUGACAAAUACUUGCUAAAAAAAUUGACUUGUGUAAACGUUACGUUUACGAAUGAUGGCGUAAUAUUUUGCAAAUCGAUCAGUCAUUCAGUGUGAUUUUUUCUUUCUCGUCUUUUCUUCUCUCGUAUUUUGAUAAAAAUCAUGUUCCGUACGAAAUAACUCGAGAGACGACUCUGUCGAAAGGGGAAAAACGAAGGAAAAAACAUAUACGGAAUGAGGAAAAAAACCAUAGAAGGCAGCGGUCGACAUUGGGCUUUGAAGUAUAAGAAAAAAUGAAUAAUCAACUUUUAACAGGUACGGUCGUUCGACAGCCUGAUGAACUGAACCGAUAUAUAAUAUAAUUAUGAAUAAAUGAAAAAAAAAAAAAAACACAAAUUUUUAAAACCAAGAGAGAAGAAACGAGCCGCGCAAAAAGCCGGAUUUCAUUUUGAAGCGGCGUUGAAAAGUGUGUUCGAGAAAAGAGGCGGGGGAGGAAAAUUAAUAGGCACAAAUUUGGAAGGAAGUACUGAGAAGAGAUUUUUUUUUCGUGACUGAGAUUCGAGACACGAUAAAUUAGACAAUUGUUGGAAUUGGCAAACAUAUGAUUCUCCUACCAAUUUAUAUACUUAAACUCACAUUCAAUAUAGAUAUUCAAUUUACCAAAUAAAGGCUGUAACAUUAAGAAAAGAAAACAAUGAACGUUACUCGUAUAUCGGCCAGCGCUACGACCAAUUUCUGGUGUAUAUCAAUCGUCGAUUAGACGACUCGCGCCUCCGACUUUUGAUUCUUGUUCGUUUUAUUCUCUCCGGGGAAUAUGUAAACGAGAGUAGAGCUCCAUAGAAUAGUUUCUCAUUCUCGACGAAUUGGUUCAGUUCUUUUUCUCCUUAUUUUCUUUAAUUUAAUGCUCGUUUAUAUGUAUCCCUUUCUUCGAGACGAAUACGUACCUCGCCCACCAACUAUUUUCAACAAAAAUAAUAAAAUUCGAUUAAAAGAGAGCUCCGAUUACCUCCGCCACUAUGUUUUCUUGUAGCACAAUUUUAGUUUCCUCUUAAUUAUUAAUUAACUCGCGUAUCUGUAUAUAAUGAUAAGAUCAAUAGGCAUAAUAUAAGCUUAAAAAAAAUACAAUACUACAAUUCA